GGGUUAACACCACCGAAUUCGUCGGGAAAGAGCGUCGGAGGACGACGCCUUCCUGCAACUCCUUCCCCCUUCAGGACUUCCCUUCCGAAAUACAAUUGCAUUCACACCAGAGAGUCGGUUUCCUGCAGUCUCUUCGCUCCUCCUUCGAGGGCCCAUUGAUUCCCCCCACCCCCAAAGAUCUGAACAAGAGAUGACCGAAGGAAAAGGUGAUUCCAGGGACCCUUGGGGGGCACCUUGGGAGGAAAGGACUGAGAAGCAAGACUUGGCUGAGCCUGAAGCCUGCAGCAGCCAUGAAGGACCUUGGAUGGGGAACAGGAGAGGAUUCUGGGAAGGAACCCUGCCGAAGAUGCAGGCUGAACCAGCUGCCAGCCUGGAUCUACAGCGCCGGAGAUUCAGACGGUUCGGCUACCAGGAGGCAGAGGGUCCACGAGAGGUUUGCAGUCGUCUCCAUGCUUUUUGCAGUCGGUGGCUGAAUCCAGAAAGGCACAGCAAGAAGGAGAUGCUGGACCUGGUGAUCCUGGAGCAGUUCCUGGCCAUCCUGCCCCCGGAGAUGCAAAGCUGGGUCAGGGAAUGCGGGCCAGAGACCAGUUCCCAGGCGGUGGCCCUGGCAGAAGGCUUCCUCCUGAGCCAGGUGGAAAAUGAGAACCUGGAAGGUCAGGUACUGGAGGCUCAUUCAGAUACGGAGAAGCAACUUCCCUUUAGGUGGAUCGUACAAGAACAUGACCAAGAUGUUGCCUCUCUGGCCUUUCUUUCUCCAGCAGAAGUUGGAAUGGCGCCAGCUAUGAGGUCUGGAUUUUCUCUUGUUUGUGGUGUGGAAGAAACCUCUUCUCAGCAGCCAGAUCAGGGCCCAGUGUCCUUUGAGGAAGUGGUGGUGUACUUCACUGAGGGGGAAUGGGCUCUGCUGGAUCGGGUACAAAGAGCCCUGUAUGGAGAAGUGAUGGAGGAGAAUUAUGAAAUGGUGACCUCUCUGGUGGGGUGGAGUGAGAAUGAAGGAGACCAAUUCAGAGGUGGCCAAUUGGAAGAGGAGGAAGAGCAGAACAGAGAAAAUGAAGAAACGAAAAGGAAAAAAUCUCCUGCUUCUCAGGGUGGUGAUGUCUGCAAAGCCCUAAUUCAAGAGCAAGCCAAUGUACGAAAGGGACAGAUCCAGUGCCCCGUGUGUGGGAAAUGCUUCAGCGUUCAAUCCAGAUUUAAUAUUCACUGGGCGAUUCACACCGGGGAAAAGCCAUUCAAAUGCUCAGAGUGUGGGAAGAGCUUUCGUCAGAGGGACAAACUGACCACACACCAACGAAUCCACACUGGAGAGAAACCAUAUCUGUGCAUGCAGUGUGGGAAGAGCUUCAGAGUUAACAUACACCUUACUCUACAUAAAAGGAUCCACACAGGGGAGAAGCCAUGUGAAUGUCCACAGUGUGGGAAGAGCUUCAGAGUUCGUUCAAGCCUUCGACGACACCAGAGAAUCCACACCGGGGAGAAACCGUAUGAAUGUCCCACAUGCGGCAGGGGUUUUGUGAAUAAUGCUGACCUUACAAAACACAAACGGAUCCACACAGGAGAGAGACCUUUCAAAUGUGCCGAGUGUGAGAAGAGGUUCAACCAGAGGAAUAAACUAAUUAUUCAUCAAAGAAUCCACACUGGGGAGAAACCGUUCAUUUGCUCAGUGUGUGGAAAGAGGUUUCGUGAGAAGAGUUCACUUUCUAAACACCAGCAGAUCCACACUGGGGAGAAGCCCUUUAAAUGCUCUGAGUGCGGAAAGAGCUUUUUUGAUAACAGAGACCUUACACGGCAUCAGAGAAUCCACACCGGGGAGAAACCGUAUGAAUGUCCCACAUGUGGCAGGGGUUUCAUGAUUAAUGCUGGCCUGACAAGACACCAGAGGAUCCACACGGGAGAGAGACCUUUCAAGUGUGACGAGUGUGGGGAGAGGUUCAACCAGAGGAAUGAACUGAUUAUUCAUCAAAGAAUCCAUACCGGGGAGAAACCUUUCAUUUGCUCAGUGUGUGGAAAGAGGUUUCGUGGGAAGAGUUCACUUUCUAAACACCAGCAGAUCCACACUGGGGAGAAGCCCUUUAAAUGCUCCGAGUGUGGAAAGAGCUUCUUUGAUAACAGAGGCCUUACGAGGCAUCAGAGAAUCCACACUGGGGAGAAACCUUUUACUUGCUUGGAAUGUAAUAGGAGCUAUUCUGAUAACAGAGGCCUUACGAGGCAUCAGAGAAUCCACACCGGGGAGAAACCUUUUACUUGCUUGGAAUGUAAAAGGAGCUUUUCUGAUAACAGAGACCUUACGAGGCAUCAGAGAAUCCACACCGGGGAGAAACCUUUUACUUGUUUGGAAUGUAAUAGGAGCUUUUCUGACAACUCAACCUUAAAGAAACACUUGAGAAUCCACAGCAGGGAGAAGCCUUUUACGGGUUCAGAGUGUAGCAAGAGUUUUUGUGAAAGUUCAGCUUUAAACGAACACUUAAGAAUUCAUACAGGGGAGAAACCAUAUCAGUGCUCGUGAUCUGGGAAGUGGUUCAAGUGUACAUUAUUGCUGACAUUAACACAUUAAAAGAGAGUUUAUACCCUUGAAA